GAAGAUGGCUGCGAGCCGCCCUGGGGUGCGGGCAGGGCCCGGAGCCUGUGAGCAGAGGGCAGGUGUCCGUGGGGGCUCGGGAUGCGCCCGUGCCGCCCGCGCGGCACAGCCCCACCUGGGGCCCCUCCCUGGCUGAAUGCUGGGGGCGGACCUUGCACUUGGUUUGGCCUCCUGGGGAGUGUUGGUGGCCGGGCUGGGGAGAGAGCCCCCCUGGGUUGGGGGGCGAGGUCGGGCCCCAGGACACCCGGGGUGGCCGGGCAGGCUGGCAGCUGCUGAGGGGCCUGCUGUGCCCUCCUGCCCCUCCUGCCACAGGCCCAGUGGCCCCAGCUGUGUUCGCCUCACAGGUGUGUCCGCCCCGUCCUUCCUGCACUGCUUCACGCUGGCCAGCGCUGCUUUCAACCUGCAGGUGGCCACCCCUGGGGGGAAGACCAUGGACUUCGUGGACGUGAACGAGAGUAAUGCCCGCUGGGUGCAGGACUUCCGCCUCAAGGCGUAUGCCAGCCCCGCCAAGCUGGAGUCCAUUGAUGGUGCCCGGUACCAUGCCCUCCUGAUUCCCAGCUGCCCUGGGGCCCUGGCUGACCUGGCCAGCAGUGGGUCCCUGGCCCGCAUCCUCCAGCACUUCCACUCAGAGAGCAAGCCCAUCUGCGCUGUGGGCCACGGCGUCGCCGCCCUCUGCUGCGCCACCAACGAAGACAGAUCCUGGGUCUUCCAGGGCUACAGCGUCACGGGGCCCUCUGUGUACGAGCUCGUCAGGGCGCCUGGCUUCGCCCGCCUGCCCCUGGUCGUGGAGGACUUCAUGAAGGACGCGGGCGCCUGCUUCAGUGCCAGUGAGCCGGACGCUGUGCACGUGGUGCUGGACCGCCACCUGGUCACCGGCCAGAACGCCGGCUCCACCGUCCCCGCUGUGCAGAACCUGCUCUUCCUCUGCGGCAGCCGGAAGUGACGUGGCUUCCAGCUGAGCCGGCCGCCUGCCAGUGACGCCGCCGCCCCCAGAUGCCCAGGUGCCCACUGGCCUCUGCGUUCCUCAGCCUCAGGGGGCCACCUCCAUAGCAGCCCUGAGAAUGACCCUCAGGGCCCCCAGGCUCCCCCAUGGGACUGUUGGGAGGCCCCCCACGUGUCCGCCCUGAGGGCUGUCAACGCAGGGGGACGGGUCGGCCUCCCAGCCCCAGGAUACAUGCUUUCCUCGGUGAGGGCGAGGGGCUAUCAGGGGGUCUUGAGAGUCCAGGUGAGCUUAGCAUGGGGAGCCGGUCCCAGUGAGCCGGCCGUGGGGGUCCUGUUUUGGGGUCGUGGCCCCCUGGUCUUCCUGUGUGCUGGGGGGUGGGUCCCUCACCCACAUGUGCCCCGUCAGCCGGACUGAGCGGCCCCAGGACCCUGUCUGGUGCCGUGAGGACAGGCCCCCUGCUGCCCCCGUUCCUGUGGGUGCUGGGGGGCAGCUGUGCCCCAGGCUGGUGCUAGUGCUGACACAGCGCUCGUUGCUUGCCCAAGAUGAGGGGGCAUCCUGUGGACUCAGCUCGGGCUCCAGCCUAGCCUGCUGCCCCCUGAAGGAGCUGCCCUGGUUUUCAUCCUUGCUGGGCGUGUCGUGGGCGUGUCAUUUCAAAGUGUGACACUGACACGUGGGGCCAGCAUGGACUGGACGUCGAGGGACGUGUUUGACAGGAUCCGCCCUGCUGAAGCUGGCUGGCCCAUGAAGAAGUCAGACCUCUGCCCACCCACAAUAUCCAGGAAAUCCAGAGUGGAUGUCAUGGGGGGAGGGGAACAGGACGCCUCCUGUUGGUGACGGGAACCUGUUAAAGCUGGGCGUCGGGGCGCUCGUGCAACUCCACGUUGGGGUGGUGGGUUUGUGUCCCACGUGGGGUGUAGAGAUUACUUUAGAAAAUAAAACUUUUUAAAGAUUUUGA